AUGGGAUUUCUUGAUAAGCUUAGAAAUGCACCAUCUCCACAAGAAGAAAUUAGUAAAAAAGGAUUUGAAGUGAGUAAUUGUUCAUUUGAAUGUGAUAGUUGUAAUUUCCAAUUCCCCAAGAGUGUGAAAUCGGAAUCCGGUGAUUUAUGGAAUUCUACCAAACCUUUUGGAUUGCAUAUUGUCAUACCCACAAACAAAACCGAUUGGGAGCAUGAUGCAGUUAAUGAAAAGAAUACGUUUUCACGUAAAGUUAAUUCUUGGAUGGAACACCAAAAGUUCAACAACAUGAUUGACGAUGUUAUCAAAGUCAACGUAAGUUCACAAUGUACAGAAGGUUUAGAAAAUCAUGAUGCUGAUUACUUAUCGGGUGCAAAAGGAGAUUUUUUGAUAUUGCCACAGUUUGUGUGGGUGAAAAAUUUACAUAUCGAUGAUUUGAACGAUAACUUACAUAAAGUCAUACAAAUGAUUAUUGAUGGCAAAAUCGGGGAUAUCAAAGUUACAGGUGAUUAUAAAGUUUCCGAAGAUUCGAAUCAAAGUUAUAUGUUUUUAUGUUCUCACCGUACCAGAGAUAAGAGGUGUGGUAUUACUGCUCCAAUAAUGAAGAAAGAAAUAGAUUUGUAUACUAGAGAUUUAGGCUUUUAUAGAGAUCAUGGAGAUGAUAGGCCAAAUGGAAUCAAAGUUGAUUUUAUCAACCACAUUGGUGGACAUAAAUUUGUGGCUAAUUUGUUAAUUUAUGUGAAAAAUCAGAAUAAAUUCAUUUGGUUGGCUAGAUGUACACCUAUCAAUGUUAAAUCAAUAGUGGAUGAAUGUGUUUUGAAAGGAAAGGUUUUCCCUGAAAAUACUAGGUUAAUCCAAAAUUUCGAUGGCGAGUUAUUCUAA